GGAUGCGGGCGGCGGUGCCGGUGUGGGUGUGCUGUCUGGGGGCUGCGCUGCUGGCGGCGGGGAUCCGUCUGCCCCGGCUCCGUCUGUCCUACCGCGAGCUUCUGAGCACCAACCGCUCUGUCCUCUUCUUUGGCCACCGAGGCUUCCUGGGCUUCCGCUCCCUCUACCUGGACGAGUACCGGGACAGGCUCUUCAUCGGGGGAAAGGAUGUGCUCUACUCCCUGCUGCUGGAUGGGGCCAGUGUGGAUGCCAAGGAGAUCUACUGGCCGCCUCUGCCCGGGCAGACGGAGGAGUGUUUUCGGAAGGGGAAGGACCCGGGGACCGACUGUGCCAACUACAUCCGUGUGUUGCACCCCUACAACCGGACACACCUGCUGUGCUGCGGGACAGGUGCCUUCCACCCGCUCUGCGCCUUCGUCUAUGUGGGGCACCGUGGUGAGCAUGCCUUCAGCCUGGACCCUGCCAGCGUGGAGACGGGCCGGGGCCGGUGCCCACAUGAGCCCAGCCGUGCCUUCACCAGCACCGUCAUUGGGGGGGAGCUGUACGCCGGCCUCACCGCGGAUUUCCUGGGCCGUGACCCCGGCAUCUUCCGCAGCAGGGGCACGCGCUCGGCCCUGCGCACCGAGGUGGACCAGCGCUUACUCAACGACCCUAAAUUUGUGGCAGUCCACGUGAUCCCAGACAACGAUGACCGGGACAAUGACAAAGCAUAUUUCUUCUUCACGGAGAAGGUGGUGGAGGCAGACAGCAAGGAACACACCAUUGUCAGCCGGGUGGCACGGGUCUGCGUGAACGAUGCUGGUGGCCAGAGGGUGCUGGUCAACAAGUGGAGUACCUUCAACAAAGCCCGUCUGGUGUGCUCCGUCCCUGGCCCUGGGGGCAUUGACACUCACUUUGAUGAGCUGGAGGAUGUCUUCUUGCUGAGGACAAAGGACGGGAAGAGUCCAGAGAUCUACGCCCUCUUCAGCACCAUCAGCCAUGUCUUCCAGGGCUCUGCCGUCUGUGUGUACCGUAUGGCUGACAUUCGGGAGGUCUUCAACGGGCCCUUUGCCCACCGGGAGAGCCCCCAUCACCAGUGGGGUGCCUACGAGGGCAGGGUGCCCUACCCGCGGCCAGGCGUGUGUCCCAGCAAGACCACCAACCAGCCCCGGCGGCACUUCAGCACCACCAAGGACUUCCCUGAUGAGGUGCUGCACUUUGCCCGUGCUCACCCCCUCAUGUACAAGCCCGUGUACCCCCGGCACCGCCGGCCCCUCCUGGUGAAGACCGACCUGCCCCAGCGCCUGCGCCAGCUCGUGGUGGACCGGGUGGAGGCUGAGGAUGGGCAGCACGAUGUCCUGUUCCUCGGGACGGACGCCGGCUCAGUGCUGAAGGUGGUGGUCUUGCAGAAGACAAGCUCAGCUAUGACCGAGGAAGUUGUCCUGGAGGAGAUGCAGGUUUUUAAGGUGCCUGUGCCCAUCACCCAGAUGGAGAUCUCAGUCAAGCGUCAAACGCUCUACGUGGGCUCCAGCGUGGGGGUGGCCCAGGUCCGGCUGCACCGCUGCGAGACCUACGGCACGGCCUGCGCCGAGUGCUGCCUGGCCAGGGAUCCCUACUGCGCCUGGGACGGCAGUGCCUGCACCCCCUACCAGCCCGCGGGCAAGCGGCGCCAUCGCCGCCAGGACGGCCGCCACGGCAGCCCUGUGCACCAGUGUCUGGACCAGAACCUGACUGUGGAUGAUUUUGAGAGCGUCGAGGUGAAGGUGCUUUACGGGGCCGAGGACAACAGCACGUUCCUGGAGUGCGUGCCGCGGUCCCCGCAGGCCAGCGUGCAGUGGUUCGUCCAGAGGCCCCCCGAGGAGCAGCGUGACGAGGUGAAGACGGACGAGCGGAUCCUGCAGACGGAGCGCGGGCUGCUCUUCCGCCGGCUGCACCGCCGCGACGCCGGCCUCUACUACUGCAAGACGCUGGAGCACGGCUUCACCCAGACCGUGGCUAAGACGGCCUUGGAGGUGAUUGCCAGCGAGCAGCUGGCCCACGCCUUCCCCCGGGAGCGAGGGGGCGAGCCCCGGCGCCCGCCCUGCUCCGAGCCCCGGCUGGCGCCGCAGGCUCCCAAAUCCUGGUUCAAGGACAUCAUGCACCUCCUCAGCUCGCAGGACCUGCGGCGGCUGGAGGAGCACUGUGCCCGCCUCUGGUGCGGCAGUGCCCGCCCCUACCCCCGCAAGGGCAAGCUGGCCCAGGCCAAGCACGCCCUGGCCGCAGCGGACGUGGGCAAGAAGGGCCAGACGGCCAAACCGCACAGCGAGAGGAAUCGUGUGCCCCGGCAAGCCGCAGCCACGUAGAGCGGGCAGGGCAAUGGCCGAGGGGUGGCCGUGGGCAAUGGCGGGCUCCCCGUGCCGCUGGCGGCCCUGGGGGCCUCGUGCCCUGGGCAGGGGGCUUGCAGCGGCACCAGCUCGGCCUCCCCGGCUGUGGUGGGUGGGAUGCCGGGGGCCAGCUCCUGGGCAGGUUGCCGUUGCCCGUGGUGGCUGCAGGGCUGCUGCUGAAACGGGCGGUGUGGUGGGACCCCUUGGCACCCGUUGCGUGUGGGCCACGGGCCACUGCUGUGCCACCACCCCGGGGAGCUGCAUGGUUGGCUUCCUCCAGAAAUAAAAGGGCCAAGUGGGGAGCGGCUGAUGGCUCCAGGCUCUUUCCACACCAGUGUGGGGCCUGGGAAAGAUGAUGCCUGUGCUUCCCAGGGGAAAAAAAUGAGAAUCACCCCAAAAAGCCUCUGUGCCCAAGAUAACCCUGCUGUGCACUGUGCCUGGCAAGCUGUGGCCAUGCUGUGCCAGCCAGAGCUGUGCCCUGGGGGACAUGCUUCCUUCCAACCUUCCCUGUGGCACCAGGGCGCUUGCCAGCCUGUGUCUGGGUGCAGCUCCCCACUUCCCCUCCAUCCCCCCACCAGCCACAGACCGUUUUAGGGCUGGGCAGGGUUGGGGAGGAAAGCAAACGGCUGCAGGCAGGUUAGACCCGUUCCUGUGUAAACACAGGAGGGGCACUGAUGCCACCCAUCACAGAGUGGGAACCUGUAGAAGAAGGUGCCCUCAGCACAGUGUAGGGGGCUGCACCCCAGCCCGAGUGUGUUUCUGAUGGCUCUGCAGGGCUGGCUUGGACUAGACUGUUUUGGCUGGGGGGCCUGAUGUGGGUCUGGAAGCUGAACCAGCAUCCUGGGCCUCCCCCAAACACAGGGGUUGGGGGGGGUGUGUGUGUGUGAAGAGCACCCACAGGCUGCCAGCACCCUCCCAGGCUGCUGGCAAAGGGCUCCGGUGCUUCCCUGGCCCGACGUGAGCUCACUCACCUUGCCUGGGGUGAUAAAGAUCUCCCCCUUCCUGAGGCUGAGCAGCCCCACACAAUGGUGUGAACCGAGGCCCUGCUGGGACAGGCAUUGUUCAGAGGCAGAGGAACGGGAAAGAAAAAUAAUAAUAAUAAUAAUUA